AUGCCAACGGAUGAGUUCUUUCAAAUUCCCACCGUGAAGGAUCUGCAAGAUCUUAUUAACGAGGCAACUCGUAAUAUUCCAAAUGUCUCAGGAAAACAGCGUCUCAUAAACGCUUGUGCCAAGGAACUGCGCGCGUUUCAACAGCUACCUUCUGAUUUGCUGGAGCAUGCUUUAUCAUGUUCAAAUUUACCUCACUUAAGGGCACUUGUGGAUUUGGCUCGUGUGUAUAGUGACCGCCUCGUCGGCAUUCUCUCCCAGUUUCGCUCACCGUUUCCGGGGACAUGCUGUUCCGAGUCCAACUUGCACACGUCAACGGAUUCAGCUGCAUUCAAUAUCGCCGUUCAUCCUGGCAAUGUGCUGGUGGAUCUUGUCUGCACUCAACAGCGAAUCGAGGAUCUGGAUCUACAUCUCCCUAAAUCGGAUGAUUUCUGUGCCAUUACUGGGAAUGCAUCGGAUGCGAACACUUGGGCUCCGUCUUUCUGGAUAAAAGUGGUGACACGCGGGGCUAAACGACUAAACAGUGCAUGGCAUGGUGAUGCAUCUCAAAGGUCGACUUGUCUGUUCCAACAAGCGAAAGAGUUAGUGUCUGCUGCUGCGUGGUAUGUGAGAGGCCAAUCUCUCGGACGGAUCCAAGUUAUCGUCCAUUGGUUACCGUCAACGAAGGAAACCAUAGACGAUCUGGACUGUGAUUUAGUCGAUAGUUUGACUGACCUUCUGGGUGUCCCAUUGCAGGUUGGGUAUGCCCCGUUUACCCUAGAGAAUCAAAUCGGUUCACCAAAGGAGAUUUGUCCGCCAGACAUGUCCUUGAAGUGUCAUGCGUUCCCACCUGGCCUACUGCAAAGCUUCUUUGCACCGUACCGUUUUGGACGAUCCACUCCUGAGGAAAGAUCAAUGGUUGUGAAACGUUUCACACUCAUGUUGGAUCGUCCAUUGUCGGAGUUUAGCCCUAACAUGACAUCUGUUCCGUCAGAUUCAUCACUUCCGCUGGAUUCCCCGCUAGAUGCAGUACUUUUUGAGACCAAAGCACCUUUUGGAGACACUGAUGCAGUUUUUGGCCACCUUCCACGUAUCAAUCUGGAUGUCUCAGCACUCAUCGGAAUGGUAUCGGAGUUGUCACAGUUUCUUCCUGAGCCAAGACCGACCCAAUCACCGAUUACGUCGGACACCAUCAUGCAGUCACUUGCUAGCGUUGAACGAGCCAAUCAACUACUGAAUGGGCCUCGUUUUAAGUCUGCUACUCUGGAUUGGCUCAUUGAGGCAGAGGCUGCGAAACCUGUACUGCUCGUUCUUCAACGAUACAUUUAUGGUGCCGUGUUGGUGGCAUGUCGCACCGCCGUCCUCUCUUUUUUAAACAUACUCGCAACAGUGGCCGGUCCUUCAGAAUGGGAUCGAGGCAUCCGUCUCCUCUCUCGGUUGCUUAUCGUACCGGAUGUGGAUUUGAGCCCCGAUGCGACCGCGUUGUUUCGAAUCACAAGUGCCAAAGAAAACAGACGUAAAACCCAAAUUGUCAUGGCUACUGGAAACGCUUAUGGUUGUUUGACUGUUACUUCCAAUUCCGCGUUUCUGCGAUCGAUACAUAGCGCGGGACUGAAAUAUUCUGCCCUUCUGCUGCCUGCUCGAGCUUUGACUGAAUCGGCCUCCAAGCGGUGA